CAGAUCUCAUACCAUUUCAACAAAUAAAGAUGGAGAUCUCACACAUAAAACUCGUUCCCCUACUACUUUUCUUCCUUCUAAACUCAGUUUGUUCUACAACUUCAAACUCGAUUUCGGAAAGCUUUGUUCAAUGCUUUUCCUCCCGCAUACAUUCGAACUCAACAGGCAAAAUCAUCCUCACCGAAAGCUCUUCAGACUAUACCCUAGUGUUGCAAUCUUCCAUACAGAAUCUCCGAUUCUUGAACACAUCAACACCGAAACCACAAGCUAUCAUUACUCCUCAUCAAUACUCUCAUGUUCAAGCAGCUGUGGUAUGUGCCAAGAAAGUGGGCAUACAAAUAAGAACCCGAAGCGGAGGACAUGACUAUGAGGGCCUAUCUUAUGUGUCCAAAUCUCCUUUCAUCAUCAUUGAUCUUUUCAAUCUUCGAUCCAUUGAUAUUGACAUAAAGAAGGAGAGGGCUUGGGUUGAGUCAGGUGCUACUCUUGGAGAGUUGUACUAUGCAAUUGCACAAAAGAGUAAACUCUAUGGCUUUCCAGCAGGGACAUGUCCAACUAUUGGUGUGGGAGGACAUAUUAGUGGAGGUGGACAUGGUACCUUGUGCAGACAAUACGGUCUAGCUGCUGACAAUGUCCUUGAUGCUAAGAUUGUCGACGUUAGCGGAAGAAUUCUUGACAGAAAAUCUAUGGGAAAAGAUCUCUUUUGGGCAAUUCGAGGCGGCGGAGGCUCAAACUUUGGAGUCAUCCUGGCCUGGAAACUUAGGUUGGUUCCUGUUCCUCCAAUUGUAACAGGCUACAUGGAAUCGAAGACCAUUGAACAAGGUGCAACCAAACUUGUUUCCAAAUGGCAAGCUAUAGCUGAUAGGAUGCCUCAACAGUACUUCCUGCGUUUGGUUAUCCAAGUUGCAAAUGGAACUGGUACAAAUGGUGGAAAAACUAUUCAAGUUACGUUCAAUUUCGUGGCUUUUGAGACUGUUGAGAAACUUCUCCCUUGGAUGCAUGAAAAUUUCCCUGAGUUAAAUUUAGACCAGUCCACAUUCACUGAAAUGAGUUGGAUUGAGUCCGCUCUAUACGUUGCUAACAUCCCGAUAAACGAAUCACAAGUUCUGCUUCAGCGGACUCAACAAUCGAGGGUAUUCUUCAAAAACAAAUCAGAUUUUGUUACUGAACCUAUUUCAGAAGCUGCCUUAGAAGGUUUAUGGAAAACAAUGCUUGAAUUGGAUUCAUUACAGUUGAUACUGACACCUUACGGUGGAAGAAUGAGUGAGAUUUAUGAUUGGGAAAUUCCUUUCCCACAUAGAAAAGGAAAUUUGUUUGAGAUCCAGUAUGUCGACAAUUGGGUUGAUGACGAAGAAACUGAGGAACGUAUUAGCGGGGUGAGAAGUGUGUAUGAGUACAUGACACCAUAUGUUUCAAAGUCCCCAAGAGCCGCCUAUUUGAAUUAUAGGGAUCUUGAUUUGGGGAGGAACAAGGAUGCUAAUACAAGCUAUGCACAAGCAAGCGCUUGGGGAUUGAAGUAUUUCAAGAAUAACUUUGGGAGACUUGUUCAAAUAAAGACUUCAGUCGAUCCUGAUAAUUUCUUUAGAGAUGAACAAAGCCUCCCGGUGUUACAGUCUGCGAAGAAAUAGAAUGUCAACUUGAUGGACUUAUAUGCAACAGAAUAAAUUAUAAAUCCUCAGUUAGUCAUUGUAUUAUACCGCAAUAAUAAGUUGCAUUUUACAAAUUAAUAAUAUGAUAUUACUUGUUAUAACUGUUGCAUGUUUGUUGUAGUUUAUGGCUUUAGAAAGAAUCAAAUUAGUUGGCCAAGUA